AGAUAUUCUUGCAGAAGUUCUUGAUCUAUGAUGCCUCAACGAAAUAUCGACGAACCUGGCAGCUUGCUGUUGAAAUAUUCACCUGCUGAUACAACUUCUCAUGUUGAGCCUUUUCUCACAUGUAGGAAAAUCAAUUUUUGGCGUCGUUAUGACAUUAUGAUGAACAGGGCCAAUUUACAAGGUAGUGAGCUUUAGGCAUCGGCUCAAGGUCACUGUGACUGGUGCGCAGGACUUUGGUGGGAGAUGACACGUCGAAGCCCAUUUCGCGAAAUGAACGAAUCUUCAUUAUGGCAACUUGGGAUGGAAUAUAAGUAUUUUAUUACCCCAAAAGUGCGAUGCGAUUCCAAGUCAGUUUCAAAAUUUGCUGGUAAAUUGGAUUUUUCUGUGUGGCCUCAAGAUCCUUCAGCAAAGCUACAUUCUUCUACCUUCAUAAUAUUGAAUAUCUCUGAUGUAAAAGCCUCACGUCACAAUAUGUCUGAAAAGACCUCAUCCGCUUCAGGUCGCACACUCGCCUCACAAUGGAUCAGUAACUGCAUGCAAAAUCACAAGAAAUGCCGCAUUGAUAAGAGCUCAUGGCUACCAACGCGGCUCGUUAACGUUGGGCUUGAUGGUGGCGGAACAAGACUUAUGGAGACAAAGGAACUCUCAAAAAACCAGUAUGCACCAUAUUUUGCGUUGAGUCAUAGAUGGGCCGCUACCCCCGAUCAUUCAAGUCGACUCUCAAGCACCAACAAACUAGCGUGGAUGAAAAGUAUCCCAAUAGAUCAAAUGCCUGCCACUUUUCAAGACGCUAUUCAAUAUACUAAGGAAAUGAAAAUCUCAUACAUUUGGAUAGAUUCCUUGUGUAUUAUGCAGGAUUCUCCAGAAGAUUGGAGAACCGAGGCAGCACUUAUGUACAAAGUAUAUGCCCAGUCUCUCUGUAACAUUGCUGCAUCUUAUGCUUCUAAUGAGAGUAGUCUCAAUACAGGACUCUUCUACACUCGCACUCCAGAUGAUAUAUUCGCUAUGUCAGUUAUGUAUAAGUUUAGUACGGACAAGGAGUACCAAGGGCUCUAUGGGAUAUCUCUCAAAUCUAAUCACAUUAUCGAUGAUUCUGAAUAUGCAAUCUAUGGGAGAGCUUGGGUUCUCCAAGAACGUCUUUUGAGUCCUCGAAAAAUACACUUUUCUAAACAGUUGAUCUGGGAAUGCAGAGAGAAAAGGGCCUCCGAAUCCUUUCCUAUGGGUCUAUCCUUAAUAAGCCGGAAUGGCUACCGCGAUGCUGAUUUUUCGAAAGAUUGGAAAUCGAGUUUACAAGAAGAUGGAUACAAUUUUUGGGAAGAUACUCUAUAUCGAUAUCUGAAAUCCUCUCUCACAUAUCUAUCCGAUCAACUGGUAGCUCUUGGUGCCAUAGCCCGAGAAUACGGGAAAGAGCUAGAUGAUGUCUAUUUUGCGGGACUAUGGAAGAAAGAGCUACCUCUGAAUUUGCUUUGGAAGAUACAUAGGAGCUCUCAAUUUUGUUCAAGACCAAAUACUUAUCGCUGCCCCACUUGGUCAUGGGCGUCACUGGACCUCUGUUAUUCUGCUGAGAUUCAAUUUCCGCAAACCGACGUUUGAGCGCUUGUGGAAGUUCUUGAGGCCAAGGUCUCCAGCCCACCAGGUCGCGCUCACACUGAAUACUUCGCUGGCCAUAUUCGGUUAAAGGGUAAAAUCUAUCCUGUCGGAUCCAAAGAUAUCUAUGAAUGGCGUUCUAAAGAUUAUGAUUAUUAUGGAGGUCUCUUUUACCCAGGCAGAACCACUAAUAUCGGCGUUGUCUCGUUCCUUGAUAUCAAAAUACAGGAAUCUGAGGAUUCAAGAUUAUGUUUAAUUCCGAUUGCAUCGAAAGUUUUGGGGAGGUAUGUUGAGUGCCUCAUACUAAGAUCUAUUUUUACGGGUAGCAUGGAAUUUGAGCGAGUGAGUGUUCUGAGUUUCACGCCUACAUGUUUCUACAAAGAUGAUGAGCAGCUGCGCCCAAUCAUAGAAUGGGCCGGAGCUAAAAUCCCCCUUUGGAUAGACCUCGAUAUUAUAACGAUAUUUUAAUUUGAACCGACUUCUUUCGAGAGAAAGAAAUCUCUCAGUCAAUUACGAUGUGAUACGUCUUUCACGUUGCUAAUUGAGAUGGCAGGAGGACAGUAGUAGAUAAACUUGUGUCUUUUCUUUUCUUUUCUUUUCACCCGUUGACACACAUUUACUAUAUAGAUUAGAGAAUUAAUUAUAUUAUCCAAUACCGGAGAAUACUUGUUUUGAAAACUACCAAUGAAAACAAUUUGAUAGAGCAAAGACUGAAGAUUGAAAAUUAGGCGAGGACACCAUGCU